AUGAAUCUUAAAAUUCGAUGGGGUAUUAUAAUUGGUGUUGGUGUACCAACUGCACUUGUUCUAAUCGGUGUAAUAGUAUUAUUUACAAAAUUUAUUAUGAAUCGUUGUCGAAAAAAAGCUUGGAAUGAUAUAAAAACAUUACCAAAACCAUCUGAUUUAUCAGAUAAUAAUACAAAUCAUCGUAGAUUCUUCAAAGCAACAUCAUCAGAACGUCAACCAUUGUAUCAAUCAGCAACAAACAAUGCUAUGGAAAUAUCUGAUGGUCAAAUAUCAAUUCCAAUCGAUGAGAAUGACAUUCCACCUGAGCAACGUCGAUUACACGAGACAAAACAAAACGAGCAUACACUUGUACAAAUUCAAUGUGAUCAACUAAAUCAUAUUAAACAAGAAGAAAAUCGUCUUAGACCUAUGAUAGAUUUAAGCAAUAGUGAAAAUCGUAUAAAAAGUACUAUCGAACAAGUACAAAAAGAAUUUGAAGAAUCGUUAAGUACGGCUGCUACCAAAAUGAAACACCGUCAAGAUAACUAA